AUGCUCCGAAGCUGUUACAAUCAUCUGCGAAAGAUCCGCCAGGGAGCCUCCAGGUUUCCAGCCGGUCAACUACCCUUCAACCAAACCAUCCCGAAGCGUCAAAUCUCGCAAAGCCCCUGUGAAAGUGAUGGUGAGUUUGACGCCCGCUACGAAGCCUAUUUCAACCGGCCGGAUAUCGACGGCUGGGAAGCCCGAAAAGCGAUGAACGAUCUGCUCGGCAUGGAUCUGGUACCGGAACCGAAGAUAAUCGUAUCCGCUUUGAAAGCUUGCCGGCGGUUGAACGAUUACGCACUGGCGAUCCGCUUUCUGGAGGCGGUCAAGGACCGUUGUGGCGAUAAGGAGAAGCAGAUCUACCCGUACCUGCUGCAGGAAAUCAAGUCGACGCUGUGUGAUCUGGGGAUCGAUACACCGGAGGAGCUGGGCUACGAUCAACCGGAACUGGCCAUGAAGACAAUUUACGAUUUGGAACGUUGACUUGGA